AUCUCGGAGCGCAAUGAAGAUCGCAUGAUUUAUGGCGCACUGCUUCGGUAAUUUACGCACAUCAAAGUGACUGGAGUGAACUCAAGCUUUUCGCGCGCAGAAUAACUGUCUUGAUUAUGUUUUGUAUUUGCAAUCCAUAUCUUGAGGAAAGCGAGGACGGUGUUUGAAUAAUCAAUUAGAUUUCCGAAUAUUUGUGAUAUAAACGAUUUAAUGGUAUUAUAGAGUGGUGUUGAAAAAUCUUAUUAACUUUGUCGUUCUUGUUGAGGAGGUUUUCAUUAUCUUCUCCUGUUUGUAAACACGGAAUUGUCAAAGGAACAAUGUCUGACGAACAAUUCUCCUUGGUGUGGAACAGCUUCCCAAGAAAUCUGUCUUCAGGCUUAUAUACUUUGCUGACAGAUGAGCAUUUCGUAGACGUCACAUUGGCUGUUGAAGGUCAAAUUUUGCGGGCUCACAAACUAAUACUGUCAGUCUGCAGCACAUACUUUCGAGAACUUUUCAAGGGAAACACAUGCAAACAUCCUAUUGUUAUACUGAAAGAUGUCAAUUAUCGGGAUUUGUCAGCUAUACUGCAUUUCAUGUAUCAAGGAGAGGUCAAUAUCAAGCAAGAGGAUAUUGCCAGCUUUUUAAAAGUUGCAGAGGUUCUACAAAUAAAAGGACUGACCACAGAUUCAAAUGAGAGAUUCAAAGAUACUCUUAGAAAAAAUGACGAGGAUUUUGAAGAUCGUGGUUUCUAUGAAGUGGAAAAAGAUAGAUGUGAACAUAGUGGUACAGAUGAAAACGUUUCCACAUUCAGCAGGCUGACGCACAUUGUAAAGGAGCAGUCUACAACGAGGCAAAGCACUUCAACAGAAGACAUCUCGACGAGAGAACCGUUUACAGAACCUGAACAAAUGUCAACUGUCACUGACACUUGUCAUUGGCAAGGUUGCACAGAAGCUGACUACAGUAUCCCAGAUGGCCCAGAUGUACAAACAGCGAUCAGCAAGAGAAGCAGAAGCACAGACAUGCCAUGCCACAUGGAGGAACAGCCGUUAGAUUGCACAUCCGACGCGAGUCAGCCACAGUCAACCAAACCCGAACCGCUGGAUUAUACAAUGGACACGGAUAUGGAUUUGGGAUACAAAUAUGCAGCGGAAAAAAUACUCUAUGCCGGCAACGAGAACGCUCCGAAACAAGAUUUCGCGCCAGAUACGCAGUUAGUUCCCUACAAUCAGAAUUCACAAACUCAGCCAUUCGUAGGUUUAAAUGACACAACGAUUUAUUCAAGUGAUUCAACAUAUGAGAUGGCAAAUUCCAGCACUAAGGGACGACGUACGGUUAAAGGUAUUUCCGGUAGCAGCUUGCCAUUAGAGACAACGCUGCGUGUUGUUUCAGAGCUGGGUCCAACGUUACGCAUGGAACAUGGCAAGGUAAUACGCAUGUAUGCGUGCCCAUGGUGCAUGCGUCAAUUCACACGCAAGGAAAACCUCAAGCUACACGUCCGUUAUAUUCACGGUCCGCUUGAAACUCUCACGUGUAAGCUUUGUGGUAAUAAAUAUAAGAACAGUAACAGUCUGCGUGUACACUCCUACCUCUAUCACAACUCCAAGCGGGAUAAGAGCAGCAAACCGCUGGCAGCCGGUGACGACGGUAUCAGCAUCGACGGCGACGGCGAUGGUGAUGGCGUGUGAAGAAACAAUUCUCUCAAGAAGUUUCUUCAUCUUAUGUGCCCAUCGAAAAAAGGCAACGAGGAUUAACAGGACAAGAAUGGAGAGCGAUAAGUCGCGACUGAAAUUUGUUAUAUUUAUAUCUGCGCACCAUGCCACAACUCGCACAAAUUAGCACAUAAUAAGUACCGAUUAUUUCUAUACGAUGCUAAAUAAGCGAGAAGUUUAUAGAAAUAAAGCGCCUUAUU